AUGAAAAAUAAUACGGAUUUCAUUUAAAUGAUGCUAGAUCCUAAUCUCAGCAAAGAGUAUAUUAAAGGUAUCAAAGGAGACUUAAAUAGAAACUAAUCUCUAAAUAAUAAAUUGAAUAUCUAAAAAUUGCGUAAAUUUUAUAAGACUCUCAAUAAUGCUGAUUUAUUAAGUUAUUGCGCCAAUAAAUUCAGUUGUAUACACAGAGCAGUGAGAGAUGAAUUAAGAGACAGAUGUAACACACCCUUAACUUAAUUUUGGCCAAUUUUAGCAAAUAUUAUUUAAAAUAAAGAAGCUAAUCCAAAAUAUUAUACGGAAUUACUCAAUAUUAAAGAUUUUCCUAAAUAUUUUGAAGAUACUAUUUAAAAGGAUGUUGUUCGUACUUCCAGCAAUUAAGAGAUGUAACAAAAACUAACUAAUGUUUUAACAGCCUAUGUUAUAAGAAAUGCCUAAAUCGGAUAUUGUUAAGGAUUUAAUUAUAUUGCACAUUAUCUGUUAUUGAAUUAAAGAUACUCAGAAGAGGACGCAUUCUGGUUUUUAUGCCACUUAUUUGAGACUCUCUUGCCUGUUAAUUAUUAUAAUCAUUUGUUUGGAGUUCUCAGUGAUGAUGAAAUAUUACGAUAGAUUCUGUAAAAAGAGAAACCUCAUUUGAUGGAACAUUUUAGAAACUUAUCUGUAGAAACAAGUUUGUUCACAAUUCAAUGGUUAGUUUGUUGUUUCACAUUUCACAAUAAAUUAACAGAUACCAUUUUUGAUCUUUUAUUAAUUGAAGGUUCUAAAGCAUAAAUUAAAUCUGCAUUAGUUUAUAUCAGCCUAUUGGAAGAUUCAUUGAUGUAGACAAAUGAUAUUGGCAGUCUUAUAAUGACUAUCGAACAUUUUAUAUCAACAUUUUAAGAUAGAUAAAUCUUCAUUGAAGAAUAUAAUAAAAUAUAUGUGAAUAAUAAGCUGUUGUAGAACAUUAGAUAGGAUAUCUCUAAUUAAGUAGUGUCCACAGUUUAAUCAAGUGAUACCAAAAGAGUGACAUCGCUGAAUGGAUUUCUUGAAGAUUUAAAAAAAUAGAAAUGUUAAGUGACUCACCCCAUUUGCAUAUAUGAAUUAGAGACUUGGAGCAGAAAUAAGAAACAUAUGGAUAAUUUGGUUCUUAGAGUUGGAUUAUUAAAUAAAAUAAAUAUUGAAAAUAAGAGACAAUCACUGAAAAAUCCUGAGAGAUUAAACAUUUAACUGAUCGUUAGAUAAAAUCAUAUUUGCGAUAAAGAUGAUGGAUUUUUGGUUAGAGCACUAUAACACAAAGAUACCUAUGAUAUCUAAUUAAUUGAUCUUGGCAAAAAAAUAUAAUAAACUCAAGUUCCUAAUUCACCAAGAGGUCGCAGUCCAUUUAAAGAUUUAUUAUUAACUCCUAUUAAGGCUUUGAAUAAUGCAUAAAAUUUGGGAUAAAAGUUAAGAAUGAACCCAAUAAUCUACAAAAUAGACAAUCUUCCACUUUCUUCAAGCACUUUUGCUUUGCCUGUUAACGUAAGAAAGAAGACUUAAGGAUGGAAGACACAAAGAGGUCGAUCUCCAGAAUAAACCAAGAUGCUAUUAAGAAAAAUGAAUGUGUAUGGAUCUCCUAAAAGAAAACUUGAAAUGAACAUUUCGAAUAAUUUUAUUAAUCAGUCUACAGAUGUUUCAUAAUAGUAUCCUACUACUUUGAAGGAGUGCAAAUCAAUUAAAUUCAUUGCAUAACUUUCCAGAAAUACCAAUUUAAUAAAUAUUGACUUUUAUCCGGAUUAAUAAUGA